AUGGUGCUUACAGUCGUGGCCAGUUACAAAUUCUCCCUGGCCCUCCAGAACCCAGCUGACUUUUCAUCGCAGGCAUCACGUAUCGAUCUGAGUCAUUUUGACUUCCAUGAUAUCCAGCAUGCUUGUUCAACGACUUGGAAAGCAAACACAAAGCGUCGUCAACUUUUAGCAUAUCACAAGGAGCAUGUCGAAGAAAUUGCUAAACAUCUUGAUAUCCCUGUAAAAGCCAGGGAAAUAACGACACCACAAUACCCACCAGAAAGUUUGCCCAUUGGAACAAAGCGCAUCCCAACUAAGUGGACUCAGGAUGCCCACACCAAUGCUGCAUCCGAUUCAGGACGGACAAAUUUCUCUGCAACAACCUCAACCUCAUGGAACAAGACUGGAGGUACCAUGUAUUUCACGACUUGCGGCCCUAUAUCUGUACAUUUGGAGACUGUAUUCAUCGCAAUCAGCUUUACCACAUUUACACUGAGUGGAGUGAACAUGAACUCCGACUCUAUCGACGAGAGUGGUUUUGCAAGUUAUGCUCAUGCAUCUAUCAUUCCAAAGUUUCCUUUUUGGAACAUUUGUGAGAUGCGCAUGGCGAUGCGCUACCAGAAGACACAAGGAAAUUGGUGCUGGAAAUGUCUGAACGGCCGAUAUCUUCUCCGCAGCAAUGUCCCCUCUGUAAGGAAUCUGUACCAAAUCCGGAGAGAUUCCAGGAGCACCUGGCCAGGCAUCUUCGACAACUAUCCCUCGUUUGUCCUUCCUCGCUUGAAGUCGGAAGAGACCAAACAUGCGUCCCUUGAAGGAGGUUUAGAUGACCCCCAACGGGCAUUGAUAUCUGAACAAGAGCAACCAGGAUCGUCCAAGUCCGCAGCAAGUGAGAAGUCGCUCCCUGUUGAAAAAGGUCAGGCUUUGAGUGAGAGCCCGGACUUAGAUCAUCAUCGUGAAGUAUAA